AUGACUAAAUUCACGUUGAAUGUAGAUAACCUAAAAAUCCGGUCACAUAACCUUUUGCGUUAAACGUUGAAAAAUUAUAAAAAUAUAAUGGAUUCUCUACCAGCGGGUUUAUCUAAUUCGCAAAAAGAUGAGUUAAUGGAUCAAGUAAAACAACAAAUUGCAGUAGCAAACGCACAAGAACUAUUAACGAAAAUGACGGAGAAAUGUUUCAAAAAGUGUAUCAAUAAGCCAGGGACGUCGUUAGAUAGUUCGGAACAGAAAUGUGUGGCAAUGUGUAUGGAUAGAUACAUGGAUUCUUGGAAUUUGAUCUCUAGAACGUAUAGCCAAAGAAUUGACAAAGAAAGACAUAGGAUGUAACAGUUUUGAAUCUUUAGAACAAAGUGUAGAGUAAUCCCAUUUUUUUUCGUCUUCUGAGAAGUAUGGCAUUUAUAAGAAAUCAGUUUAAUUGCAUUUUUGUAUUCACUUGGUGUAUAUAAAUGUUAUACAUACAUAUUUAACUCAUCAACAAAUUUCUUACAUUGUUGAAUUGAGAAAUUGUUAAAUAAAAAUAAUUUGUAUAUUUA